ACGCAGACGUCGUACGUCAGGCAGAGUUCACGUGCCUGCUGCGUCGGGUCUUCUUCCUGAAUCAACCAUGGCUCAACCCGGGACUCUGAACCUAAAUAACGAGGUUGUGAAGAUGAGAAAAGAAGUGAAGAGAAUCCGAGUUUUGGUCAUCCGAAAACUUGUCAGGAGUGUUGGCAGACUGAAGUCAAAAAAGGGUACUGAAGAUGCACUGUUAAAAAACCAAAGACGGGCACAACGAUUGCUUGAAGAAAUUCAUGCCAUGAAGGAAUUGAAACCUGAUAUAGUAACUAAAUCUGCUCUCGGUGAUGAUAACAAUUUUGAAAAAAUCUGCAAAAAGCCUGAUUCUACUGCGACUGAAAGAGCAAUUGCCAGAUUAGCAAUGCACCCUCUUCUGAAGAAGAAAAUAGAUGUGCUAAAAGCUGCUGUCAAAGCCUUUAGAGAUGCAAGACAAAAUGAUACUGAAGUUAAGUCAUUAAAGAAUGCCUCAGAAGAAAAUCAUUCCAAGGGCACUUCAUGUUCGAAUGAUGAUGCCAUUAAGUUACAGCAUGAAGGAGCUAUUAUCAGUGAUCAAAAAGACAAAGAAGCCAAAAUAUUGGCAAAGAAACCAAUAAAUAGUUCAAAAGAAAAAACAGCCAAGAUGGAACAUGGACCCAAAACAGUGGACAUUCCAAAUUCUUCAUCAAAGCCUUCUGAAAAGGAUUCUGUUGUUCCCUCUGAACCCCAGAAGAAGACACCUGCUAACCCGAAUAUGAAAAUGUUAUGUCACACCAAAGAAAAGAAAGAGUCCAGUAGUUCACUUGGUGGUAACAGUGAUGGAGAAGAAUCACAUGAAGAAGAGAAGGAGUAUUUUGAUGAUAGCACAGAGGAAAGGUUUUACAAACAGUCUUCCAUGUCGGAGGAUAGUGAUAGUGGUGAUGACUUUUUCAUUGGGAAAGUCAGACGGACACGAAAGAAGGAAAGUAGUCACCAUUCUUCAGUUUUGGAACAAAAAUCCCCCCAGAAGGUGUUCCAUGAAGAAAAUAUACUUGAAACCCAUCAGGGUAUAAGAAACGACAAAAACAGGCCAGGUACAGAAUCAAGGAAGUUUGAAUCAGUGUUUUUCCAUUCUUUAUCUGGAUCUAAAAGCUCUAGAAGAAAUUAUAGAGAACAGGCUCCGAAAAGCAACACCCCAGGUUUUCAGCAAAAUGACCCUCAGCUCAAGAAUCAGUUUAUUAAGAGUGCACAAAGAGGACCUGAAAAUACAAAACAGCAGACACCGCUGCCUCUUCAUCCUUCAUGGGAAGCAAGCAGGAGGCGAAAAGAACAGCAAUCUAAAAUUGCUGUGUUUCAGGGGAAAAAAAUUACGUUUGAUGAUUGAUUAGUACCUCUUUUUGUGAACUUUUCCAUCCAAAAAUUCUUUUCUUCUAUUUGUUUUUUACCAGCCCAUUAUUUAAACUCAUAUUUGAAUAAGUCUCUUUGGAAGGGGUGGAGAAAUAAGUUUGUUGUUGUCUUUAUUUCUCUUUUUCAAGUGUGUUCAAGUUAUGUUUACAUGAGACUUCCCACAAAUCAACUACAUAAAUUGUUCUUUAAAAAUAUUCCCAGACUGUUCACUUUAUGUAUAAAAGAAUUUUUAGAUUAUAAUUCAGAUUCCUCAUUUGUGCUUAUCAUGAAGUAUUGUGCUUAUCAUGAAGUGUAUGUCACUGGAUUAGGUCUGUGUUUCUUUGCCUUGAAAAUAAAAGUUGAGAUAUAUUUAAAAUAAUAAUGGAAACGUAUGAGGAAAUUGUAGCUAUUUAAAAUAGGUCACCUUUGCUAAAAGUUAUUCUUGUUAGGAAAACUAAGAUUAAGAUAGUAAUGUUUGGCCCUGGCCGGGUAGGUCAGUUGGUUAGAGCAUUGUCCCAAUACACCAAAGUUGCAGGUUCAAUCCCUGGUCAGGACAUAC